GAUAUAAAAGUAGUGAAACCUUUAAAUAGCACACUUUUUACGACAGAUUCUCAGUUGUGUAUAAUUCUUCAGAGUGUAGGCACCUUAAUUUAAGCAAAGUCGUCAUGGAUUUCUAUUACCUCCUCGAAUCUGCGCCCUGCCGCUCUAUUCUAAUGCUUGCCAAAGCAUUGGGUCUUGAAUUGAAUCGCAAGUUGUUAAGCUUGAAGAAUAAUGAACACUUGACACCCGAAUUCCUGCAGUUAAAUCCGCAACAUACCAUUCCCACGUUGGUGGACAAUGGCUACUCGGUUUGGGAAUCACGCGUCAUACUCAUCUACUUGGCCGAAAAAUAUGGCAAAGACGAUUCGCUGUACCCAAAAUGCCCCAAAAAGAGAGCUGUUGUCAAUCAGCGUCUAUUCUUCGAUCUCAGCUUGUAUGCGUUCUUUGCCGAUUACUAUUAUCCCAUCGCUAGAGAUAAACAGACGCCAGUACUAGAGCGUUUGACCAAACUUGAGGGUCAAUUCGAGUUUUUGAACACAUUCUUGGACGGGCAAACGUACGUCGCUAACGGUAGUUUGUCGAUUGCCGAUUUCACUUUGUAUGCCACUGUCUCGACGAUUGUGACAUGCGUUGCAAGUAUUGAUUUGAACAAAUACCCAGACAUUGCCAGAUGGUUUGAACACCUCAGCAAAACACUACCCGGCGCAGAUGAAAAUCAGAAAGGUUGUGAUUUAAUUAAGGCAUAUUGGUAAUUGUUCUUUCAGCGAUUCACUCAUAAACUGUGGAACUCGUGAGAAAUAUGGAAUGCUUUAAGUUCAAUAAUAAAAAUAAGUGCAUAUACAUAAGUACAUGUUACAGUAAUUAUUAUAAUCACUAUCAUUCUGUAGCUUAUUAGUUCAUUUUAUAUAAAGAAUAUAUUGCUAUCCUUUUAAGUACAGCAGAAUAAUAUUGUA